ACAAUCCACAAUCUUCUCAAAACUUAACACCAACAAUUACGCUCAUCAUAUCACAAUACUUCAACUUCGAGAUUUUCUGCUGUAUAUGGAUUCACCCACGUCGAACUCACAGUCUCUUGGUGGUCUUGAUUCUCGCAGGAUGUCGCAUUCUGACGAAGAGGUGAUUCUAGCGUCCAGCCACCCCAAGAAACGUGCCGGGAGGAAGAAGUUCAAGGAGACGCGCCACCCCGUCUACCGAGGCGUCAGGCGUAGGAACUCCGAUAAGUGGGUGUGCGAGCUGCGGGAGCCCAGCAAGCAGAAGAGGAUAUGGCUGGGGGGGGUCCCCACCGCGGAGAUGGCAGCGAGGGCGCACGACGUGGCUGCGUUGGCUCUCAGGGGACAGAUGGCGUGCCUCAAUUUCGCGGACUCCGUGUGGCGGCUGCCAGUCCCUGCUUCGAAUGAUCCGAAAGACAUACGCAAGGCGGCGAUGCAGGCGGCGGAGGCGUUUCAGCCGGGGGCAGCGGAGGAGGUUUCAGGGGAGGCGAGGAAUGUGGGAGAUAAUGAGGGGAGUUCGAGAAAUUUGGAUUAUGGGGUUUUUCA